UCGGACUUGGAGAGGUCGGGAGGAAUCCCCAAAAAAAGGCUCUUGAAUCCACAAUGAAGUAAAGCCCAACUCAAGUCUUUCUUGGCAUGUAUUGCUAUUCAUCGAGAACCCCACUGGACUUAACAGCCACUGUCCAACUUCCCACUGUUGACUUCUGACCCUAUCGUUGAUUGCCCCUUUCUUUGUACCGUAUAUCCAUACACCUGAUUUUCAAUAAAAAGACCACAAGAGUAGCCAACAAAAAGAUGGCCGAGGCAGUAGGACUAGUCGUUAGCUGUUGGGAGUUGGCCGGUUAUGUCUCGAAGGUGGUCAAGCAGGUGAAGCUGAUAAAGGACGCGCCGGAAGACAUCGGAAAAAAGCAACAACAAAUUUCGCAGCGCGCCGAGAGCAUCAUGAUAAUUCUACAAACGCCAGGCCUUGAUGCCGAAUGUCAGCGGCAUCUGUUGUCGAGCUCGCAACCUCUUCUAACCGCGAUGCACGAGGCGCAAGAGCUCCUUGGGCAUCUGUUCCCGAAAGGUCGAGAGGGAAAGUGGGAUUCAAUUCGUGGUGGCUUUGAAGCGGUACGGAACAAGGACAAGAUCAAAGAUGCUUUCGACAAGGUUCUUCAAGCGCAGAAUGCAUGGAUGGGAGGAAUGCCCGUGGUCUUGUAUGGUCAACAUAGGAAUGUUUUGGUAGAAAUCGUAAACGGACUGCUUCGCGCAGAGGCCGUGGGAGCCGAAACGCUUGCUUCUACUGGCCGGAUCGAAAUCGCCACUGCGGGCACACAAGAAGAGGUCAAAGAGGUGAAGGAGGUUUUAGGUCAACUGACGCUGCUAACUCGGCAAAUAUACAACCGAGCCGUCGUAGAAACCAACCAAAAGAUCCCAGCUGGCAUGGCCACGAAUAGCACUGCCAUAGAGAGCAAGGCACUAGCGCCCGUGGCACACAAGAUGGCAAUAAAUAAUCUCAACAGUAAGGGCUGCAAUUGCGUCAGGAUAUCGACUCGCCGGACCAUGAUCAAAGCCCGCUUCGUGUCCCAGUCCCUCUAUGAUCACAGGCCAGACUGCCCUUACUACCAAAGCGGCGACAAGACACAAGCCUACUUCGCAUACCUGCCAUCCUGGAGUGUUGCCUGGCUACCCGGCCUUGGGGGAAAGUCUGUGACGGUCGGUUGGGCCCAGAGCUUCAAAGGUGGCGCGUAUUCUAUCGAUCCCAUCCUGCGGAUGACGCACCAGGUUAAACGCGAGGACUCUCCGGUCUUUAAGGUGCUUGACCAGUUCAUCUCAGGUUUCCCUUGGGCGUUGUGGGUAGGGGAAAUCCAGUUUCCACCAACAAAAACGCCCGUCGACAAGCAUGAGGAUCUGGGGGAAACCAUAACCAGAAUCAAGUUGCUCUUUCAAACAGGCCAGGGCUUUCCAACGGACGUGGAUGAAAACGGGCAGUCCAUAUGGCAGACCAGUUUGAUGAUGCUUGAAGCAGCCCUGCGAGGCCGCCAUGACGAGCUGAUACCUUUUCUGCAAGAGCUUUUGUUGAUGCUCUUGGAAAAGGGUGUUAGGCCUGAUCAGGAACACCGCAGUUCCGACUAUUUAACGCUCAAGAGGAUAUGGUCACUCCCAAUCUGCGACGUUAGCUAUCAAUUCCACGAAGGGAAGACGACAGCCUUUGACGGCUUUAGACUACCGCUUUAUGACGAACUGAAGGCCGAAAAAUAUGUCGAGCACCAGGCCAAAUUUGAGUCGAUAUUUGAAACGACGCCACCGAGGACCUGGAGGCCGUUGCUUCGGGUUCAUCCAGAACUCUUGGAUGAUUAUGAACUUCCAACAAUAUCCAAGAAGCUACUGCUUGCAUGCACGAUUGAGGAGUUCAAAAACGGUGUGACAUACGAAGAAAUUCAAGAAUGGGAAAGAGAAAACAACUGGUGGCGCAAGAGGGUGCUUCUCGGCUGGCCAGAGGUUAUUCCAUACUUGGUCGAGGCCGGAUGCGUCCUCCCACUUGCACUAGAAGAUGCUUGCGUGACUGGUUGCGUCGAAGUAGUUCGCGCACUUCUCAAAGUGGAGCAUAUUUCUAUUCAAAUUCUGCAUUUGGACGCGGCGUUCGAGUGCGGGAGUGUUGAAAUCCUGGAAGCUGUGGUUCAAGAAAUGGUUGCUAGACGGGACAUGAUGUGCGAGCUGGCAUCGGCCGUCUUAGAGCCAGACGUUUGGGCUGGGUUUGGCAUGUGCGAUCGAGGUCGGGCGCUAUCAUCAAAGGAUGCACGCAGGCUGCUCGAUAUUACACUGGACGAGUAUCAAGGCAGGCUCGCCGAAGCCUUGAGGGCUCUUGAGAGCCCCAAGGCCUAUUUCUCGAUUGACUCCAAGUUCAGCGAUCCUCAGACCGACGAGCGCAGAAUGGUUGAACGAUUGAGUUGCAUUGGCCUCUUUGAGGAAUACAUGUUUCCAGAACCGGCCCGUUGCGAGUUGGUAGGGAAUUAUGUAGGCGCUAUCCAGUGCCUCCUCGACGCGGGCUUUCAUGACCUAGACAAGAAAGAUUAUAACGGGGAGACGCUACUUUACAGGACUUGUCACAAUUACAAGCCUGAAGGGGCAGAAUUUGGAGUCAAAGAUCGCGACCUUCUCUGGCUUUUGGAAAAUAGCAGCAAAGCCCAGUUUCCGAGAGAACUAGUUUCGGAGCAUCAAUCGCUUGUCAGCCCUAUAUUUUAUGCGGCGAGUGUUCUAAGACAUGUCAGCAUCGAGGCUUUGCAAGAUGCAGGGGUACUUGAGCAGCUAUCAGAGGUGCCAACCGAUCUCUGCGAAUGCUUUUGUUCUUCCGACGGAUGUAUGCCGCAUUACAUGUUUCUGAGAUGUGAUGGCAACGGUUGUCAAGAGAACGCAAAACACGACGCAUGCACCGGAGGCGCAUACGAAGUGACGGCUCGGGAUGGUUGUUUGCAUCAGUGGUGUGAAGCAUGGGCACUUCCGAACCCUCAAAAGGAACUUUACUAUGCCGAAGCUUGUCGUCUUGAGAUUUUUGAGAGGUUGGGGAUGAAACACACCUGCUGUGCUUCAGGACGGCGAAAGGAUUACAUUGAGCGGAUUCACGGGCUGGGAGGUUUACGUUCCAGGUUCGACGCCUACCAAGCUGGGAUACCACAAGCAAACAUACCAAACAGAUGGCCGCGAGUCGACGAUGCCGAGCGGCAAGAAAUCCAAGAAGAAGACUGUGAACUAAAGGCACAGCUGGACAGGAUUAUGCAUCACUAUGACAAGAUACGAGCGAUAUUUCUGACAUCCCUGGUCUGUGGCGAGACUGGCGAAGACUUUUGCGACUCUUUCUGGUUCUUUUGGUGGUCGUGUGUUGAUCAGAUCCUGCCGCCGUUGGGGAAGGACAAGUGCGUAUAUCGUGGAGUUGAAUUCAACCAGCGGGAGGUUUACAAGUCGCGGAGUUUGUAUGAGAAAAUGGAUAAAGAAUUCGCAGACAAAAGGGAAGACGAAAAAGAGGCUGCUCUGGAUGCAGCAGGAUACAAAGGCAAGAAUUUUGGGGAUGUGGUCGAUGAAUAUUUUGGAGAAAGCUUGGAUACAAUUGUAUUUUUGCGUGGUCGGAGAGCCGAUUAGGCAAGUUGCGAUCGUUGGGGAUUUGGGUACGCAGUUGUAAGGGUAAGUAGUAAAGGUGGCACUAUGGUCAGGUAUUUUAUUCCAUUGUAUCUG